UCCUAUCUGGACGACCGACAGGAGUACCCCUUCAAGGAGCGGCACUUCCUCCUGAUUUUACCCUCUGACGCGUCAUCCCUAGACCCCAGGCACGCCAUCAUGCGUAGCCUCACCAAGACCUACCCCCUCGCCGCACAAGGCUGGCAGAGGAAGGUUGACGUGAGGAUUGUAGCUCCAUUUUGGGUGCGGCAUUGCAUCCUGGAUGAGUUCCCACCGGAUCAAGGGAGGAGACACGAUCGUGUAUACCUGCAUGAAAAUGUUUAGGCGGCGCCAUCCCACCGGGAAGAUGGUGAGCAUGUUCAUGAGUGCGACCCCCUUCACCAAGGAGCUCAAGGCCAGCCUCAAGGUCCCUUUAGACUUCAUUCUGCCCGAAUCCUGGAGCAGUGCCGGCGACCAGAAGCGCGCCGGCCUGAGCCGAGCCCGGUUCGAUACGCUGGUGUUUGACCUACUAAGGUCGCAGCGAGGUGCAGAUGAUACUAGCGAGGCGGUGUUUGGGGAGUUGAAAGACUUCCUUGCCGGCUUCAUGACUCGGCGCACCGUCCAGUCGCGCUUCUUGGGGGGGUUGGAGUGCGCGCUGCCACUUCACAAGAGUCGGGUGAUCGACUGUGAGAAACCCCAGGGAUCGUCGAAACAAGACGCGUGGUCGAGCAUUGUCCGAUCGGCAAAGCAAGGGGGAAAGGGUGGUGACUUCGAUGCGGCAACCAUAUUCAACCGGCUCACCAAGACCGGGGGAUUCCUUUCACAACUCUAUGGGGCGACAUUUACCCACCCGUCUCAGCUGCAGAUGACGGACGUCGACCCCGAAGCAUUGGCCGCCAUCCAAAAGGGGUGGGACCAUUGGAUUAAGGCGCAAUACGCUAACCACUUGGUUUACUUGACGCCAGAGGGUCGCCGCAAACACGAAGCGGCCACCGCCGGGGCUGUGGACUAUCUGUGCAAGGGGACCUCGAAGACAACUGAAAUCGAGCGGAUACUGGAUACGGCCAUCAGAGACAAGUCCAUGCCGGCACCUGGGUUCAAGUACCCCCCUGGUAACAAAUGGCAACGCAUCAAGGGACCCGUCAAAAAAUCCGUGGUUUUGUUCUGCUCGAGACCUGGGAUCGCCGUGCUCUACGCCCUUUACGCGGACAGGCAUUGGGCCGGCAGCUGGGAUGUGCAACUUUUGACCGCCGCGUGCCGAGACCGCCAAAGCCUGAUUGACGAGGCACUGGGGCCGGUCGGGUUCGACGAAGCAAGAAAACCCGCUCUCCUCAUCGCGGUGAUGUCAGUAUGCGGCGAGGGGGUCAACGGCAUGCAACGAGCUGCCUACAGCAUCUCGGUCGACCUGCCCUUCUCUGAAGCCCUCAAGGCGCAGGUGGCGGGCCGGGUCUACCGCUACGGCCAGAUUCACGUCUCGCGGCAUUACCAGCUGGUAUCCGAACACCCAGCGGAGCGCAUCAUUCUUGCUCGCCACGAGAAGAGGGAUGCCGACUUCCAACAGCUCCUGGAGGGAACGGAGUAGGGGUGUGGAAGACCAAGAACCGACUUGUUGCCUUUUUCGUUCAUGCUCGACGGAGGACUGCGAAGCGAGAAUUUGUGUGUUGCGCGGCUGAAGUCAAAGGGGAGUUGCGUUUAAUGUGCGGGCAACCGGAAUGUCAGCUUGUUUGCAGUAGUUAUCAAUAAUCGUUGCUAUAGGGCCGUACCUAGUCACGUCAAGAAGCCUGUCAAUUUCCUCCUUGGGGAGCAUUUACCCCUUAAUGUC